AUGAUUUUUGAAGCGCUGGGCUUGCUCGCACUCGCCUACCUGGCGUGGAGCAUGGUGACACUGGAGAUCAACUACCGUCGUGCUUCAAGCAUGGGAAUCCCCUUGGUACGCCUUUACAUCGACCCCCAGAACGUUCUCUGGAUGGUCUUCGAACUAUUGCUUCCCAUCAAUUGGCGCAAUUAUAGCUUCGGUCGCUACUCCCGUCGGGGCUGGUACUUUGCCGAUCGCGGGGAGUCCCAUCAACGCUAUGGCCCCAUGUGGGCUCUGGUCACUCCUCGCGAUAUCUACAUCAAUGUCGCCGAUACAGAUGCAAUCCAUGACAUCUUCCAACGGCGUACGGACUUCAUUCGACCAAGUCAAUUGUAUACGAAAUUGCGUACCGAAUUGCUAACCUGGGUUUCACAUUUAGAGGUACUCGAAGUGUACGGACCAUGCAUCUCAACAGCUAGCUGGAAUGACUGGCCGCGGCACCGAAAGGUCCUAGCAACACCUUUUAACGAAAACGCCAUGUCCUUUGUCUGGAAUGAAAGUGUAGAGCAGACACGCCAGAUGCUGCAGGUCUGGGAGUCUUCUGUCGAUGGCCACAUUCCCAGUGUUGCAAAAGACCCGCGGACCCUCUCGUUAAAUGUCCUUGCCGCAACAGGAUUCCGCAAAUCGUUCCCUUUUCAAAGUGCUAAAGAUCAUGAGGUGAAGUCUGAAUUACCUGCCGCCUCGGGAGAUGGAUCAGAGGGCUACCGCGAUGCACUCCAGACCGUGCUGGAUAACUGCAUCCUUCUCAUGGUGAUGCCUCGGAGAUUACUCACCCUGCCUUUCGCACCCAAGUCAUGGCAUCAUCUUGGCAAAGCAGCCACCACUUUCAAGAAGUAUAUGGUCCAAAUGCUGGACGAAGAAACGAAAGCAUUGAACACCGGAAGGGCAGGUAGCGGAGGCUUGAUGACUUCAUUUGUGCGCGCCAUGGAUUUGAAGCAAAAGGUAGACGGGGAGCAAAAAGCAAAUACAAGUGGCUCACCUCCCAAAGGGCUUACGGUAGACGAGAUUUUUGGAAACAUCUUUGUCAUUAACUUUGCGGGUCAUGAUACAACCGCCAAUACGUUGAGCUUUGGCUUGCUGUUGCUUGCCGCGUAUCCGGAAAUCCAGGACUGGGUCGCUGAGGAGCUGAAAGGACUUGAUGAAGACAAUAUCAAGGAGCACUAUAACGAAUUGUUUCCUCGGCUCCUUCGGUGUCGCGCUGUUUUGGUAUAUCCCCCCUUUCUUUCCAUGAAUUACCUACAGAGCUUCCCGUUCUCCUUCCUAUUAUUUUCUUGUGACUUUUCACUAACCCUUGAUCCCAUCCCACAGCUUGAGACACUCCGCCUCUUCCCACCCAUCGUGUCACUACCAAAAUGGACCAACGAUAAAGCCCAGCUACUCAAGUUAGGCGACAGAGAAAUCAUGAUACCUCCCCACGUGGGAGUCCACCCCAGCCUUCUCGACAUGCACAUCCACCCCCAGCAUUGGGAGGACCCCUUGACAUGGAAGCCGUCCCGCUGGAUAACCAAAUCAGCUGCGUCUAGCGAUGUCUCAGAAGAGAUCAUCACCCCAUUCCGGUCGACCUAUUUCCCAUGGUCAGACGGGCCUCAAAACUGCCCAGGGAACAAGUUUUCGCAGGUUGAGUUCGUGGCUGUCAUGGCGGCCCUCCUCCGGAGUCAUCGGGUGCACCCGGUUGCCAACCCUGGAGAAAGCCCGGAGGAGACUCGCGCGAGAGUCUUGGCGACCACGCAAGACGUGGAUUUGCAAUUGCUCCUUCGUAUGACAGACGCAGAUCAGGUGCGUUUGGCCUGUCGUCGGGCGGCCUGA